UCUGACCUCAGGUCUGUUUAAAGCCUGCAGCGCCUGCAGCCGCAGCCUCCACUGUCUGGAAACGCAGCCACACUUUGCAUCGGAGCUACGGUCAACGAUGUCUGACCUUGAGACCUCGAUAGCCACCAUCAUCGGCGUUUUCCAGAAAUACUCAGAGAGAGAAGGAGACAAGCACAAACUGAAGAAGAGCGAGCUGAAGGACCUCCUUCAUGACGAGCUGCCGGACCUGAUGGCGCACGUCAAAGACCAGUCCACGCUUGACGGCCUGAUGGAGAGUCUGGACACCGACGGCGACUCUGAGUGCAACUUCCAGGAGUUCAUGACAUUCGUCUCUGUGGUUACUGUCUGUUGCCACGAGUUCUUCGAGCACGAGGAAGAGUGAGGCGAGCGCGACGAAGAGGAGCGACAGCGAAAUAUAAAGAAAUAGAAACCUAGCAACGCACAAACUGAGAGGCAACGCAGGAGGGAACGCAUUUAGCUUCCAGUGCAAGUAGCAGCAAAUAAAAUGGAGAAGUUAAAACUUUA